UAUAACGCGGAGGUCACUCGCGCGCACGCCAUAAUACGUCGAACGCGCCAACCGCGCGCGCGCAACUUUGGCGCGGACUCGCUCAAAACAAACGCGAAUCGUUUUCGAACUUCGAAAAUCAAAUUUGAAAAUUUAAAAGUGGCUUUUGUUUUUUUGUGUCAAAAUGCGUGCUGUGUUGUUACUCUGUGCUUGUGCAGCAGCAGUCUGCGGGCAGAACUUGGACUCGAACAGAAUGGCCAGGAUGCCGAAAUAUGAUGAGAGAUACGAUUACCUGGAUGUAGACGCGUUGUUCAACAGUAAGAGACUGGUGAGGAACUAUGUGGACUGCCUCAUCAAUGCUCAGAGGUGCACUCCGGAGGGGAAGCAGUUGAAACGGAUACUGCCAGAAGCGCUCCGAACAAAGUGCAUCAGAUGCACCGAGCGGCAAAAGAAGACAGCUGUGAAGGUGAUCAAGCGGCUGAAAUACGAGUUCCCAGAGGAGUGGGCCAAGCUGUCCUCCCGGUGGGACCCCACGGGGGACUUCACGCGGUACUUCGAAGAGUUCCUGGCCAAUGAGAGCUUUAACACCAUUUCUGGAUCGGCAGACGGCAACGACGCCGCCGGUCCGUCGUCCAUCCCGCCGGUUCCUCCCAGGUUGCCGGCGGCGCCGCCCUCCACGCCGCCGCCUCUACCAGUAGAGCCUGUCUCUACAUCGCCUAAACCCGUCAUUUUAAAUAGGUUCGGAGAUGACGGUGAGCUGAUGAUGGGGAGUCCCUCCUCCGCCGCCCUCACCCCCCGCCCCUCCACCGCGCGGCCGCCGCUUUCCCCCACCACCGCGCGCCCCCCACCCCCGCCGCCGCCAAGGUUAUGGAGAAUAAAAGUCGAGAGAGAAAUCCUCUUAGGCUUCCUUAUUAGAGAAACAACGUACUAUUUCUAAGAAAGACCGACCCAAACGUCGUGGGUGUCCGCGAGUUCAGACGCGAUGCCAACACGUUUCCCACUGCGGCCGACCAACGACAUUCCAAGACCUUACACCACAGCCAUCACAUUCAUAGACCAGAUAGGGUAUAAGAUAAUCAGGACCACCGAACUGGUCACGGAUAUACUGAAAAACACAGUCCGAGCUGUCGUUGGGCGGUAGACUGUGAUGGACUAUCCUGAGGAUUGUAGAUUUGGUUUAAAACAAAGAAUUCGCUACAAUACCAAACCUGAAUCAUAAGCUAAGUGAAUGAAUCAGAAGUCAACCGUUAUAUCAAAUAACAAAAAUGUUACUGAUUUCAGAUUAUUAUUAAAAAAUACAGUGAUUUCAGGAUAGUGUGUCGGAGAUAGUGGAUAACGCUUAAUUCAGGCGUAGGGUUUCCUACACAUUUUAUUGAGUUAAUUGAGAUUAAAAAUGCCUAUAGGUAUAAAUAGUGGUUAGUACCACCGACUAAGUAUAUCCAUACAAAUGGAUACUACGAGUAUAAUAAAGUUAUUAAAAAGGAGAUACGAGUAUGUCCGGUAAAAGAUAGAUCUCUCGUAUUAUUUAAGGAAAACGCCAGAAGUCAUAUUAUUAACGUUUAAAUUGUAAUACUUUGUUUUAUUUUUCGACUUCACCAAGCCAAGUGGAUUAUAUUUUUUUGUUCUUUGUAAUUAUUUUUAAUAGUCGGCAUGUUUUUAAGAGUUUGAUAACAACGACAGAGUCAAUUUAUACUUCCUCAAGUGUUUACAACUGCGUAGGUAUUAAGUUAUUUAUAUCUUUUCCUUCU